AUGAAUGAAAUAAAAUAAAAUGAAUAUUUAUAAAAUAAUAGAAAGGAAAAAGAAUGGUUGAAUAGAAAAUAAUUAAAAUAUUUAAGAGAUAUAACAGUUACAAGUGACGAUUCUGGGGAUGAGUUAGAAAAAAAAAAAGAAUUCAAAAUUUUAUUAAAAUAAAGAAGAAAAUUUUAAUGGGAAUAAAGAAGCUUAAAUUUUAUGAAUUCUAAGCAUACUAAGUUAUAUUCGAAAACAUGUGCCAUGAAGUUUGAUCAUUAUUUAAUUUUAUUGAAUACUUAGAUAAGAAAGUUAAAAAAGCAUUUAGCACCAUAACCUCCUUAUACUUUAACGCCAGAUGGUUCAAUAAAAUUAAUUUGGGAUUUAAUUUGUUUAGGAUUCGUAAUUUAUGAAAUGAUUAGCAUUCCAUUUUAAAUUAGUUUUGAAAUAGAAAUCAGUAAAGAAGUGCAAAAUUUAUCGCUGGCAGUGUUUAUUUUUGAUAUAAUAUUGAAUUUCAAUACAGGGGUUUACUUAGAUGGUUCUCUUUAAAUGAAUAGAAGAUAAAUAUUCAAGAAUUAUAUAUCAUUUUGGUUUUGGAUUGAUUUAAUUUCUACAUUUCCUUAUGAAAUUAUUAUUGAUGAGUCAUAAUAACUAAUUUAAAGUGCUAAAUUAUUAAGAUUAUUUAAAUUUUUGAAAUUUGUCAGAGUUUUAAAAUUAUUAAGAUUAGCAAAGCUUAAAAAAAUAAUAGAUAAAUUUGACGAAUAUAUUUAAACCUCUCGAAUAAUAGGAGUGAUCAUAACAUUUAUAAAAUUGUUUGUUUUUGUACUAUUUUUUGCUCAUGUAUUAGGAUGUAUAUUUCAUUAUACUGCAAUUUAAGAGGAAGAUUCUUGGUUAGGAGAAGAUGAUUAUGAUUGGCAGAAAAGAUAUAUUCAUUCUCUUUAUUGGGGUGUUGCAACAAUGACUACAGUAGGAUAUGGAGAUAUUAGUCCAUAAACUACAACUGAAAGACUUUUAGGAAUCUUUCUAUUAUUAGUAGCUUGCGGAGGUUUCGCAUUUACUAUGAAUUCAAUUGGAUUUGCAUUAUCCUCUUUAGAAGAAAAAUCUAAUGUUACAAAAUAAAAAGUCAGUCUUCUUAAUAAAUAUAUGAAAAAAGUUAAUAUUCCUGAUGUGUUAUAAAAUAAAGUCAGAAAAUAUUUAGAGUUUGUUUGGGAUAGUAAUUAAAUUCUUCUAAAAGACAUAAUUAAAUUAUUAUCUGAUGAAUUAGCAAAAGAUAUAUAAGAAUAAGUAAAUGGAAAAUUAUUUGGUCACGCAGAUAUUUUUUGGAAUUUACAUACCAAAAGAUUUCUUAUGUAAGGGAUUAUUCCAAUCUUAGAGGAUAAAUUAUAUUUACCUGAGGAAAUUAUAUUCCUUGAAAUUCCUACAAUUACUUAUGAUUUAUUUUUAAUCUAAAAAGGGGAAGUAGAUAUAUAUUUCAUGAAAACAAACAUUGUUAUUGAUAAAAAAAUUAAGAAUGAUUAUUUUGGAGAAAUUAGCUUUUAUUCUAAUUAAAUUAGAUCGGCAAGUACAAUUAGUAGAACAUUUUCUCAUAUCUUUGUACUCAAUUAAUAGAAAUUUUUAGAAAUUGCUAGAUCAUAUCCAAGAGAUUUACAAUAAUACUUUAAAAUAAGAAACGCAAUAAUUUUUGAAUCAGAUUAUACUUAUUUAUAAGUUCGAUGUUAAGUUUGCUAGAUGGAUGAUCAUUUGGCUAAAGAUUGUCCUGUAUUACAUUUUUAAGUGUAAAUUAAUUUAAUUAUUUAGUAAUGCUCCCCAUUUUCUUUCUUUUUUGUAUCAAUAUCGUAAAAUUGAAUAAACAGUUUAUAUUCGUAAAGAUAGAAUGGAUUUUAAUGCAAGAUCUUCUCUAAGUUAGGUUUAAUAAACUUAAAAACGAUUCAUUUAAAUUAAUAAUAAAAGAAUUUCAUUUCUUGGUUCAAAAGGAAUUGUAGAUACAAUUUUUACAAAUUAUUAUAAUAUAGAGGAAGAUGGCAAUUAAAUCGAUGAUGACACUCCUUCAAGAGUAAUCACAUCUUUAUAAACUGCUAUAUUUAAUAAUAAAAAUAAAAAGAAGUUUGAUUAACUAGAAUCAAAUUUGGAAGAAGAUUCAUAUUAUUCCAAAAAAACAAUGGGUGUAUUAACUUAAAGAAUUUAAAUAGAAGAAUAAUAUAUUGAUUAAAUAGCAUCAGAUCGUUUUAAUGAUCUUCUGGAUUAAAUUAAUACUCUUAAACAAAAAAAAUAAAAAUACCAAAGCUUUCACUUUUCAGAAUUACCAAAUUUUGAUAAAGUUUCUAGUUUUCAUAAUUUUUGUUAAAGAGAUAAUGUUGAGCAUGUUUUAGAAAGAUAUCAUAGAAUUUAAAAAAAAGGAUCAAUUUCAUAAAUACCACCAAAAUACACUUUAUUUGGCCCUGAAGAGUUCUAGUCAUAUUUAUAGUAUUAUUGUUUUUAUUUGAAAUAAGAAGAUUUAAGAAGAUAUUUUACUAAAUCUCAAUUAAAAAAGAAGGAAUCUAUAUUUGCAUUUGAAAAUACCAGGGUAUUCAAUUUAACAAGAAUAGAAAAGAAAAGAAAUUAAUACAUUACUAAAAAUUCAAAAGUAAAUUAAUAAUUUUAUAUUAGUUUAGAAGCGUUGUAACAAAAGUUAAAAGUAUAAAUACAUUAAAAAGUAGCUCUCGUAUAAGUUUUUGA